AUGCCUCCUUCCGAUGCUCUUGAGACCAAAUACGAAAUAGACGAAGACGACUUUCUAUCCGACGAUGAGUCCGAAAGUAACCAGAAAGUUUUUGACUUGAAAACGAAAUCAAAGGCCAGACGUGGUCGCGAUGUAGAAGAAGAAGAAGGAGAAGAAGAAGAAGAAGAUAAUGAAGAACGGAGUGAUGAUGGUGAUAGCAGUGACGAAUAUCAGUUGGAGCAAAAGAAAGAAGCCAUGAAACCAGAGGACGAAAAUGACGAGGAGGAUAUUGAAGAUGAGGAGGAAGAAGCAAGAGCGAUGUUGCAAACGGAGCAGCAGAGAAACACCAAACUCAAAAAACUAUCGCCAGGGGAACUCGCCAAAGAGCAGGCGCGGAUAAAAAGAACGGGGGUAUGCUAUUUGUCCAAAAUCCCCCCAUACAUGAAACCGCAAAAAUUGCGCUCCAUCUUGACUAGGUUCGGCGCCGUGGAUCGACUAUUCUUGAAGCCGGAGGACGCUACCGCGUACCACAGGAGGGUGAAAUACGGAGGUAACAAGAAGAAGAAGUACACGGAGGGCUGGAUUGAGUUUGUCAAUAAAAGCGACGCUAAAUUGUGCGCGGCAACGUUGAACGGAAACAAAUUGGGCGGUAAAAAGACGAGUUAUUACUACGACGACGUUAUCAACAUCAAGUAUCUCAAAGGUGGGUUCAAAUGGCACGACUUGACCCAGCAGAUUGCACGGGAAAACGAAGUCAGGCAAGCGCGGUUGGCCUUGGAGUUGUCGCAGCAGAAUAAAUUCAACAAGGCUUUUGUCAACAAUGUUGAAAAGUCCAAGAUGAUUGGCCAUAUUCAAAAGAAACGAGGCAAGACCCUGGAGGAUGGGGGUGCAGAGGAUGGAGAGUUGAGGAGGAACUUUAAGCAACGGAAAGUCAACAGUUCUCGAAGCGAUGCCAACCACGAGGUCAAGGGAAAAGCAACCCCGAAUGAUAAAUUGAACUCGGUGUUGUCGAAAGUUUUAUAG